GUAAUAGUAGUAAUAGUUCCAAAAUUGUAUGUAGAGAAUAUACUUUUACUAAUGUACUUUUUAAUUUUAGUUCCAGACUAAUGUACUUUAGAUUUUAGUUCCAAAUACCCCUCAAUUUCAUCCAAUUGCACUCUAAAUUUAGAUAAAAUUUUCAAUCUUAACGUUAAACAUUAAAAAAUAUUGCAAGUUACUAUUAUUACUAUUACGAAGCUAUAUCAUACAAUUUUGUAUGCAUUUAAAAUUAUAUUUUGCAUAAAUUUGAAAACCCACACAUGAAUAAAUGUUUCAGGAGCCAAUUUUCGUAAUCUACAGUAUAAUAGACCCCCAAGAAGUAGUAACCAUACUAACGGUGUUCAUAACUACCCAACGUCAAUUACUGCUAAUACUAGAGUUGUUACUCAACGACAAUAGGAGGAUAGAAUAUCCGCCACAUCAAAUUAGACAUCAUAUUAGGCAAUUAGCAUACUUUCGGCUAAUCCAUGAGUCUGAUUUAAGUUAUCGUGAAAGCAUGCGAAUGGAUAGAAGGUGUUUUGUCAUUUUAUGUACUUUACUAAGGACAACUGGUAGAUUAAUGGGAACAAAAGUUGUAGAUGUUGAGGAGAUGGUCGCCAUGUUCCUACAUAUCUUAGCCCAUGAUGUUUAGAAUAGAGUAGUUCAUAGACAGUUUGUUAGGUAGGUGAACAGUUUCUAGGCAUUUCAACUCCAUUCUCAACGCCGUUUUAUGACUACAUGAAGUAUUGUUGAAAAAAUCUUUACCAAUCACAACCUCCUGUACAGAUUCGAGAUGGAGAUGGUUUGAGGUAUAGUGAAACUAAACAAAUGUUGGUGCACUGUCGAUGUUUAGUUUAGAUAACUUAUGUAUAUGGAUAUUUCAUACGUUGUGUUCGCAUAGGAUUGUCUAGGUGUGUUAGAUGGUUCGUACAUAAAGGUCAACGUGAGUGCCACUGACCGACCAAGGUACAAGACAAGGAAGGGUGAAAUUGCCAUGAAUGUUCUUGGUGUUUACGACACGAAUGGCAAUUUCGUGUUUGUCUUACCUGGGUGGGAAGGUCCUGCAGCUGAUUCUUAUAUUUUUAGAGAUGCAAUAUCAUGACCUAACGAAUUGAAGGUUCCGAAGGGUAAUAACUAUUGUGCACAACUUCUUGUCGUACAUCAUAGUACUCAAUGAUUGUGAUUUCAUACAAUUGGAUAUUGUAUAGGAUAUUAUUAUCUACGUGAUGUUGGGUACCUAAAUGUGGAAGGCUUCUUGGCACCAUAUAGAGGAGAAUGAUAUCAUUUUUCGGAAUGGCGUGGAUGAGGGAAUGCACCAACAACUACAAGAGAAUUUUUUAACAUGAAACACUCUUCUGCGAGGAAUGUCAUUGAGAGGGCAUUCGGGCUAUUGAAAGAAAGAUGGGCAAUACUCCACGGAAAAUCAUACUACCCCGUUCAAGUCCAAACUUAGACGAUCACAACAUAUUGCCUUCUUCAUAAUCUUAUUAAUCGGGAGAUGAAUACUAUUGAAAUGCCCGAGAACCUAGAUUAGGUGUAUUCACAUUCCGCUACCAUUGGUGAGAACGAGAUCAAUUAUAUUGAGAGUUCAAAUGAAUGGAUAUAAUAGAGAGAUGAAUUAACACAUAAUAUGUUUUCUGACUGGGAGUUACAUAACAAUCAGUAGCUUCAUGCUUAGUUUGUGGCUUUUACAAUGUAUUUUCUUAAUUUCAUAUAUGCAAUUUUGUAAAUCAAUUUACAAAUUUAUUAAUAUAAUUAGAUUUACUAACUUUUAUAUUGUAAAUAACACAUUACCUUAAUAUUUCCUUCUUUACUACUUAAAUUGUACUACGGUGUACAUGUAGCAGGAUGACAAGUUCUUCUAGAGCUACAAAGCACACUUGGAUGAUGGAGGAAGAGUCGAAGCUGGUGGAAUAUUUGGUGACUUUGGUUGAAUCUAAUAGAUGGAGAUCAAACAACGGGACCUUUUGCUCUGGGUACCUCGCAUAGUUACAACGUAUGGUGGCUAAUAGGAUACCUAGCUGUAGAAUACAAGGGACCCCACCAUAUAUUGUAGGGUAAGGAGCCUUAAAAGAAUGUACCAAGCUAUAGUAGAAAUGCGAGGACUGGCAUGCAGCGGGUUCGGUUGGAAUGAAGAAUUCCAAUGCAUCACUGCGGAGAAAGAGACGUUCGAUGGUUGGGUGAAGAGUCAUCCUGCAACAAAAGGGCUUCUGAACAAGUCAUUCUCAUAUUUUGAUGACUUAGCCUACGUCUUCGGCAAGGACUGGGCAACUGGAGAAGGGGCAGAGAUACCUGGUGACAUGGCCUCAAGUGUGCCAGGGUGUAUGCAUGAAGGUGCUUCAACUGAUGAUUCACAGGAACAUGACCUGUCACAAGAUGAGUUUCAUGGAACCCCAACUGGUUUUGGUUUCGAAGGAGACAAUUCAUUAAGGGGCAGUAAGAGAAAGCAUCAUGGAUAUCAUUCUGAGUUGGUUAAGGUUUUUAAAAAUGCAAUGGACUUUGCAAAUGACCAACUGAAGUCCAUUGCUGAAUGGUCGAAAAAGCAGCAUGCAACAGAGGUUGAGCUACGUGCCAAGGUUGUGAAUAAACUUAACGAUAUUCCAAAACUACAAACCCAACAGAAGAUGAAGUUUAUGAAUAUCAUAUUCCGCAAUGUGCAUAAUACGGAGAGUUUUUUGUCUAUUCCAGCGGAUAUGAAAUUGGAGUAUUGCGAGCUUCUUCUUCUAAACCAUGUCUGACCAACUAUUUUCAUCACUUGUUUUUCCAUGUUUAAUUUGGACAUUCUAAAUUAUGACUUGUACUUUAUAAUAUUUUUUAUGUUUGACUCCGUACUAUUUG